CUUACUCGGAUUUACAGAUCAGGUUGGUCAACCCAAUAAACAACAAAACUGCAGGAAGAGUCGAAAUAUACCAUCCUUCUUUUGGCUGGGGUACUGCCUGUCAUUGGCUUGGCCGGUGGACUGAGGUGGAAGGUGGUGUUGUGUGUCGUCAAUUAAAUUUCACUGGAGCGAACGCGGUAAUGUGGAAUAGCUACCCCUAUGGCGGAGGAAGUGGUCCAGUAUUGCUUUGGAACAUUCAGUGCACUGGCAACGAAACAUACAUAUGGGAAUGCAGUCACAAUGGAUGGAAUGUGUAUAACCCUUACUGUGACCGUCAUGGUUCGGAUGUGGGUGUUGAUUGUUACUGA